GAAUGUGGAGAUUGACAAACAUCGUGAUGGGAUAUGACGUCAUUCUACCAUGUGAAAUGGAUGAAUGAAUUAACCUCCCGUUUCUUCAUUCAUGUUCAUGAACAAUGUGAUAUUUAUUUUUUUGGAGCAUUUAGCCUGUUGUAUUUCUUUCAGUGUGGGUUGUAUCAUAGCAGGUUGACUGGUGGUCCUUGUACAAUAGAAUAUAAACUAAAUGAUAAAAUCAAAAUAAAAUGAGUUUGACUUUUUGUUAUAUUUUGUGGCAUGCAUACGUAUAAGCUUCCCAAACUGAACUUGUAGCACACUCGCCUGAUUCCAUUAUCUGUUGAAAAUUGUUAAUAGUAAAUGUCUUAAUAUGCUUUUUGAAUCAAUCAAUCAAUGAAUCUUCCAAUACAUGAGUCCCCCGAGCUAUUUUUAUACAUUAGAAGUUUAGUGAAAUGCACGGCAAUUAAAAAUAUAGAUUAAAAGCGGAAUAAUAAUAAUAAUACAUUUCUCGAUUCAGUGAGUCGAUUCUUACUGAACUGUUAGAUUUGAUUCUUUGAAUAAAACCCUCUCCACACAUUUGAUUGACAGCGAUCGACUCUCAAACAAUUAUAGCAAAACGUUUUCAGACAUAGUCAUUGUUAAAUAAAACAUUUCGUUAUUUUGCCUUCAAUAAAAAGGAUUUUGCUACUUUACAGAUGAAUGAAUUGCGAGUCGACUCCCAGUUCACGGAGGCAAGUCUCAGAUGGUUAUGAAUGAAUCGCGAGUCGACUCCCAGUUCACAGGAGUCAUGUCAGAAGGUCGUGAGGUGAGCGGAUAGAGAGCAGCGACCAGCCACCUUUUAACCCCAAACAUCCAUCGCUUUUCCUUCCAGACAGACUCCAGGGGAAACAUGGAGAGGAAAAGGUGGGAGUGCUCGGCUCUCCCGAAUGGUUGGAAAAGGGAAGAAGUGACCAGAAAGUCGGGCUUGUCCGCGGGGAAAAGUGAUGUCUAUUAUUUUAGUCCAACGGGAAAGAAGUUUCGGAGUAAGCCGCAGCUGGCCCGUUACCUGGGAAACUCCAUGGACCUGAGCUCUUUUGACUUCCGCACAGGGAAAAUGCUUAUGAGCAAACUAAACAAUAACAGACAGCAGAUACGCUACGAUCACAAUCAAAGCAAGGGUAAUCCUGAUCUGAACACGUCACUACCGGUUCGACAGACAGCAUCCAUCUUCAAACAGCCGGUCACCAAAGUUACAAAUCACCCCAGCAACAAGGUUAAGACGGACACACAAAAAGCUGUUGAGCAGCCAAAACAGCUGUUCUGGGAGAAAAAGCUGAGUGGGCUCAAUGUGUAUGAUAUAGCAGAGGAACUGGUGAAGACUAUGGAUCUUCCUAAAGGUUUGCAAGGUGUUGGUCCAGUCUACUCGGAUAAGACUCUUCUGUCGGCUCUCGCGAGCGCUCUUCACACCAGCUCAAGUCCGAUCACAGGCCAGCUGUCUGCAGCGGUGGAGAAGAACCCUGGAGUCUGGCUGAACACAUCACAGCCGCUCUGCAAGACCUUCAUGGUCACCGAUGAAGACAUCAGGAAGCAGGAAGAUCUGGUGUAUAAUGUGAGGAAGAAGCUGGAGGAAGCGCUCAUGGCAGACAUGUUAGCACACAUAGAGGAAUCUGCUGUUGAUGCCAAAUCACUGGAGGAAGAAUCCAAUGAUGAGGAAAUGGAGGCUGUAUAACUGUUACUCCGUGUCCAUCAGAACAGACCGGAUCAUCACAGUAUUUUUACUCCCAACACCCAAAGACGCAAGACUGAAGCGGAUCCCGACACGGGAAACAAAACCUCUUUGACACUUUCUUCUCUAAAGCAUCUGGGAAGUUUUUACCCAGAACAGUUUUUAUAAAACUUCUCUCGAUUUUUUUUUCCUUUUUUUAACCAGUUUAAUAUUUGGGGUUGGGCUGAGAUUAGUUUGAUGAACGCAGGUUACAUUUCUCUUCCACUAUUUGUCCAUGAAACUGACAUUUAGUAUUUUAAUUUAGUAUUUUUUAUUAUUGUGUUCAUAAAAUAAUUGGCUUGUUUUUAUGAGCAUUAUGUAGGAGACAUUGUACCUUUAGUGCACAUUGCUGUUUGAUAGCUGGUACAAAAAUGGUGCUCAUAUAUUGUCGUGGUUACUUUAUAUUUUAGCUCGUGUUGCAGUUAUUUGAGUGUUGACAUAAGCUGUUACAUUGGUGCUUUUAUGUUUUUGUUUGGUUUUUCUAGGUCUUCCCGUGAAUCUGUCAUUGUACAGCUGACAUUAUAGUUUACAAUAUUUCUCAUAUAUCAGCGUUACAUUUAUGCAUUUGGCAGAGGCUUUUAUCCAGUGCAUUCAAGGUAACAUUUGAUCAGUUUAUGUGUUCCCCCGGGAAUCGAACCUGUGAUAUUGGUGUUGCUAGCGCCAGUUUACUUGGAACAGAUCAAAUCGUUUUUGAUUUGACUGAUUUCAUGAUGUGGAUCUCUCUGUGAAGAUUACAGUGCCGAAAUGAGCAUAAUACAGCUUUUGUAUUGCAAUUAUUAUUUCUCCAAUGUGUUAAAUUAAAAACACACUUUCCCUCCUAUUCUUCGAUUAGUGGAUGACUUUUGAUUUGUUUAAUCUGUACACAAUCGUGCUUGACUACAUUUUGUACCCGAGUUAAAAUAUACCUAACUUUAUGAACUUUGAAAUUAAAGUUUUUC